AUGGAUAUUGAAGAUCUGUGCUGUGGCAUUUGCCAACAGAACUUUGAUUCAACCCAAAGAGAGCCACGCAUGCUCCAAUGUGGGCAUAGCUUUUGCUCACUUUGUCUUCAAGAGUUAUUCGGAAGAGGUAUAAAAUCUUGUCCUGAAGAUAGCACUGCCUUUAAUGUGUCAUCAGUAGAAGAGCUACCUAAAAAUUUUGCGUUGCUUAAAUUUUUAACCAAAACAGUCCCAAAAGUUGACAAUAAGCUUUGCAUCAAUCAUAAAAAAAUACUUGAGUAUAUAUGCAUACAAGACAAAGUCAAGGUUUGCGCUAGUUGUGCUUUGUUUGGCCAGCAUAGAGGACAUGAAAUCAAGCCACUUGAUGAUAUGGUUCAAGAAAUCACUAUGCGAGCAGAAUUAUUGCUUGAUAUGCUCCAAAUUAUAGAAAAAAGCCAAAGCAGCGUUAUGGAUAAAGAUGUGAAAAUAAGGCUAGAGCAAGUGUUUGAUCUUUAUAAAAAUAAAAAAAUCUUCAUAGAAAAAGAGAUCAAAGAUGGGUUUGCAAGGCUAAGAAGCAAUAUAAACGAGUUAGAAAAAGCAGCAGUCAGCACAAUGCAGAAGAAUUUUGAGUAUAUUGAAAGUAAUAUAGUCAAUAUUCGAGAUAUUCCAAAACUAAUAGACUCUCAAACUAUUGCUUGGAAAGAUAGAGUCAAAGAAAAACUUGGCAAAUUUACCCGACAAACAGAAGAUCCCACAUAUGUGGCUCUAGAUAUAUUAUUCCCCCCCUCAUGAGCGAACAAAAUCAUUGGAAAAAUCCCUAUUUUUUCUCAAAAACUCUCCCUCUCCGUGAGCGAACAAAAAUUUUUUUUAACUCCCCCCCCCCCCCGUGAGCGAACAAAACCAUUAGAAAAAUCGCCAUUUUUUGACCAAAAACCCACCCUCCGUGAGUGAACAAAAAUUUUUUUAAUAGAAAAAAAUUUUAAUGGAAAAAAAUUUUGAUAUAUAAGUGAUAAUUAGUAUAAUGAAAUCUAGAGCUAAUUCUGUUUAAUUUUAAAACAAAUUGCGUUUUAAAACAUAAAUUUUGCAAAUUAAAUUAAUAUUUGCUUCCCAAUUUUUGCAAAUUAGGAUUUUUUUAAAUUUCGAAAAAAAAUUUUUUUUAUAAAAUUUAUAUAUAAAUUUUUUUAAAAAAAAAAAAAUAACCCCCCUCCGUGAGCGAACAAAAUUUUUUUGUUCGCUCACGGAGGGGGGGGGGGGGAGUAAGUGAUAAUUAAUAUAACGAAAUCUCUAGCUAAUUCUGUUUAAUUUUAAAAAGCUUGCAUUUUAAAACAUAAAUUUUAUAAAAUAAAUUAAUAUUUGCUUUCCAAUUUAUGCGAAUUUUGAUUUUUUUUUUUAAAUUUCAAAAAAAAAAUUACUAUAAAAUUUAUAUAUAAAUAUUUUAGCAAAAAUAUUAACCCCCUCCUUGAGCAAAAACAUUUUUUUUUGUUUGCUCACGGAGGGGGGGAUUAGACAACAGCGGUGAAGACCUAUUUCAGCAAGGCGAAAAAUUAAUUGUUGACUUAGAAGGACUAAAAGAUAUCCAAAUUGAGCCUCUUGAAGAAACAGUCAAUGAACUCAGUGUCCAAUUUUCGGACUCACAGCUUGUUAAUAUAUGCAAAGUCAAACCAUCAGGACGCAGUCCUUCGACCCCCAGAUCUGAAAAGAAGCAUCCAUCUAAGCCUGAAGAAUUCAAGUCAAUUGAUGAAGAAGACUUAGAUGGCGACUUAAUCCCACAAUUCAAUGAAGAAAUGUUCAACCAAGCUCUUGAUGUCCUAAAAUAUAACACAAGUGAAAUCGCUGAUUUCUCCAAUGCAGGCGAUUUAGGAGACAAAGCAGCAAUCAUAGCCACUUAUCUGGUCAAUAACACAAACCUUAAGUCCUUAAAGCUUGUCAAAAAUAGCAUCUCAGAUUCUGCUGCCAUUGAAAUUUUCAGGGCACUUCAGGAAAACUUUUCAUUGCAGUCUCUUCAUUUGUCGCAAAAUCCUCUUGGGACUGAAGCUCUUGAUGAGUUGAUUGAAAUGCUUAAUGUCAAUACAACUCUAAGAGAUAUUUACCUUAUUGGAAACCAAAAAAUGAGCCCAGAAUACAAGAGUAAUUUUGCUCAGAUGUCAAGUAGAUUUAGAAAAAUUUAUACUUAA